AUGGAUUCAUAUAUCAAAAGAAUGUUUAUCAUUUCCUCUCUUCUUGUUAUAGUAAUGUGGACUUCUCAGGUCAAUUGCCGCGUAUUAAGCGACUUAUCCAUGUCAGAAAAGCACGAGAUCUGGAUGGCACGUUAUGGGCGUGUGUACAAAGAUGAUGCAGAGAAGGAAAUGCGAUUCAAGAUAUUCAAGGACAAUGUUGAAUUUAUAGAAACAUUCAAUAGUAAUGGAAACAAGCCUUACAAAGUGGCUGUUAACGAAUUUGCAGACCAAACAAAUGAAGAGUUCACAGCAGCCCGUAAUGGUUACAAGUUUUCAGCAAACAAAAGAUCAGCACGAACAACACCAUUUAAAUAUGAAAAUGUGACUGCAGUGCCACCUAGCAUGGAUUGGAGAAAGAAAGGUGCCGUUACCCCAGUUAAAGAUCAAGGCCAAUGUGGUAGCUGUUGGGCAUUUUCAACUAUAGCUGCUACCGAAGGAAUUACACAACUCACAACAGGGAAACUAAUUUCAUUAUCCGAGCAAGAGCUAGUGGACUGUGACAUAAGCGGUGAAGACCAAGGAUGUGAAGGUGGUGAAAUGGAAGACGGCUUUGAAUUCAUCAUAAAAAACAAAGGCAUCAACACCGAGGCAGCUUACCCAUAUACAGCAGCAGACGGAACCUGCAACACAAACAAAGAAUCCGUUGACGCUGCCAAGAUCACAGCAUACGAAGUAGUACCAGCCAACAGCGAAACAGCAUUGUUAAAGGCAGUCGCUAACCAACCCGUAUCAGUUUCCAUCGAUGCCAGUGGCGCCGAUUUUCAGUUCUAUUCAAGUGGCGUAUUUACUGGGGAUUGCGGAACUGAUCUAGACCAUGGUGUUACUGCAGUUGGGUAUGGAGUAACCGACGACGGGACAAAGUAUUGGUUAGUUAAAAACUCGUGGGGCGUCAGUUGGGGAGAUAACGGAUAUAUCAUGAUGCAAAGAGAUGUUAGUGCUAAAGAAGGUCUCUGCGGAAUUGCUAUGGAUUCUUCGUACCCAACCGCCUAA